AUGGAGAUUAGACAAAGACGUACUCGGGGCCGUGGACGAGAACCCAGGCAAGUACAAGAUCAAGAGGAGGAACAAGGUUCGGUGGCGAAUCAAAACCAGGGACCCCGAGGUGAUGGAGGGGACCAAGUAGCAACAACUAUUAAUCGAAUGACUGAUUUGUUGGCCCGCUUGGUUGACCAGCAGGGUCAAGUACCUGGUAACCAACAAAGGGACCCCGAAGUAGGCCAGGAUAGGGCCCUGGAGCGGUUUCAAAAGUUUGCUCCUCCAAAAUUUCUUGGAGGACCUGAACCUGAAGUUGCCGAGAAUUGGUUCGAGCGAAUGGAGGAUAUAUUCGCCGCGUUGCAUUACUCUGAAGAGAGGCAAGUUACUUUUGCCGUUUUCCAACUGGAAUGCGCGACCCGUUCCUGGUGGAACGUAGUAAGGGCCAAGUGGGAAAGGGAGCAAACCCCACGUACCUGGUUAAACUUCACGAGGGAAUUCAAUGAGAAAUUCCUUCCACCCUUAAUUCAGGAGAAAAGGGAGGAUGAGUUCAUUAAACUGCGCCAAGGCACUUCAAGUGUGGCAGAGUAUGAGACGCAGUUCACCCGACUUUCCAAGUUUGCUCCAGAAUUGGUAGUAAGUGAACAAAAGCGCAUAAGGCGGUUUAUACAAGACUUGAAUGUAGAAAUUCAAAAGGAUUUGGCUGCCGCUCAAAUUGACACCUUUAAAGAUGCGCUUGAAAAGGCUUAA